AUGGCAUGCUCAAAAAUAUUUUCAGGAGAUUUACCCGAAUUAACAUAUAAAAUUGUGCAGUAUUUUAGAAAAGAUUUUUCAACAUUGUAUUCAUGUAUUUUAGUUAAUAGAUUUUGGUGUCGUUUAGCGAUACCAUUAUUAUGGGAAGAUCCAUUUUCGGCUCCUACCAAAAAUUAUCAUUGUAUUGAAAUUUAUUCACACUAUUUUAAUGAAGAUAGUAAAGCAAAAUUUAAUGGAUAUGGAAUUUAUGAUUUAGUACCUACAUAUACAUUAUUUAAUUAUCCUAGUUUUAUUAAAUAUUUAAAUAUGCAAAAUAUUCGUCAUUCUAUUGGAAAGUGGAUUGAAACUUUGAUGAAAUAUGAUUAUUGUAAUAAGCUAGGAAAUUUAGUUUAUAAGUCAUUGUUCGAAAUAUUCAUUGGAAAUGGAGGAAAUUUACAUUCUUUUGAAGUUGUAAUGGCCAUGGAUAGUGAUUUUAAUUAUACUAUUAUGGAAUUAAUUUUACAAAAUCCAAAUUUUAUUUACAACAUCAGAAAUAUAAAAUUCUUCUAUAAUUAUAACUCUUCACCUUCAAAUAUUAUGAAUAUCAUUCCUUUUUUAAAAUUUUUAUAUUCGAAUUGUUAUUCAAUCUCAUCAAUUAUUUUUCAUUUUCAUAUAUUUAAUGUUAAUAGUAAUGAUUUUUCAUUAAUUGAAAAAUGUUUCUCACAAAUAAUUAUUUCUCAACAUAAUCUCAAAAUGAUUUCAUUUGGAUCUAAUGAUAUUUUACAUAAUCCAUUUUUAUCAUUAAAAAAUUCUCUUUGUUCAAAUACUUUAAAUACAAUUAUAUUUGAUAGUAUUGAUUUUAGAAAUAUAAUUACUAUUUUACAAGAAGUAUUUGAUCAAUUAAAUGUUUUAGAAUCUAUUCAUAUUCUUUAUUGUGAUUCUUUAAAUUCUAAUUUUGUUCAACAAAUUAUUAAGGUCAUUAAACCUUUUAAAUUAAAAUCUUUAUUCAUGAAUGAAAUAUUAAAUGUUGAAUCAUUACUACUUCUAUUACAAAAAUUUGGUGAUUAUCUAGAAAAUUUUGGUUUUGGAUUUAUAGAAGAAACUAAAUAUGAUGAACCAAAACGACAAUUGCUUGAAUUUAUUUUGAAAUAUUGUACAAACCUUAUAUAUUUUGAUCCGGGUACACCUGAUGAUAUUAAUAUUUACUCACUAAUUCAAAGUGGACAAAAUAUUAACUACCUUACUAUUGAAUUGGAUGAUUUCAUUUAUCAUACAAUUUAUAAAGAAUAUAGUUCAAAUGUAUUAAAAAAUUUAGGACAAGUUCUUCCUUCUAAUUUAGAAUAUUUAUGUUUAUCAAUUUCAUUUAAUAUACAUGAUUUAAAAAUAUUUUUAAAUAAUUCACAAAAUAUUUUUAUAAAGAAAUUAUUAAUUAAAAAUAUUGAUGGAGAAAGAGAUAUUUUAUUUUAUAUAAAAGAAUAUAUUAUGAAAAAGGAAAGGGUUAAAUAUUUUGCUUUUUUAGAUGCAGAGAAUGAAGAGAAUGAAGGUUAUAAUAAAGAGUUGGUUUUUUUAAAAGAUGAAGUAAAUGAAUUUAAAUUAUAUAAUAUUAUAGUUCAAAAAUAUGUUGAUUUAUAUAUUACUGCAAGUAGUUUUUUAGAAGAUUAUUACAUUUUAAAUAAAUGA